GCAACCACCACGGUGACUCGACACUCGGCGUGGCGUUUACAGGCGGGCUCCGUAUGAUUAGGUCUGCGACGAGUCUUAAAAUUAAAACACCCCAGCCGCUGGGGGAAGGUAUUUUAAGUUGCUCCGCAGUUUAAAGCACCUAUUAUCUGGCUUUGCUACUGGUUUACAGAUUAUCAGAAAAAUGGUUACUAGUUACAGCACUUUUUCUUUUAUACAGAGAUGAGGACAAGGCGACCAACAUAUCCAGGACAAUAACUGCAAGACCCAAAUUCUAUGAAAAAGAUAUGCCACUACAGUGACCGGUACCGUUAUUCAACACUUCAGGUUCUGGUGGGCGUGUGGCUCAUCGUGGGAUUCAUCGUAACCACAGGCUACAGGUCCUCGCUCAUCUCUCAUCUGGUGGUGCAGGGGAAGUCAGCGGUCAUCAACAGCAUGGAGGAGCUGGUGGACAGGAGGGAGACUGACGGCUGGCGAUGGGGAACACGGAGGAUGACAGGAGUGCUCAAGACCUUCCUUAGUUCCAGUUCGGACCCAGCUAUGAUCCAGGUCUAUAAAUACAUGGAGACUGCAGAUAUUGAUGAAGGGAUGAAAAGGGUCGUGGACGGGGGGUUCUCCUACAUCUACAACUACUACUAUAGCAAGUCACUGGUGGCGACUACCUAUACAGAUGCCACUGGCUACACGCCGAUCCACAUCAGCACGUCUCACUAUUCGCUCUUCUCGGGGAACGGCUGGGCGUUUAGACGCGGCGCGCCCUUCCACUCCCGCUUCAACAAGGCCAUCCUGAAGCUCCUGGAUGCUGGUCUGGUCACUUUCUGGAUGGACGACGUGAUCAACAACUACGUGAGGGCGGAGAGGCGGAGGAGAGCACAGGAGACGGGAGGCCAAGUGACCAUCAUUGCGGUAAUUAAUAUUCCUUUUUUAUUUGAUAGUCUCUUGGUUGUUCUUAUCAUCUCUUCUUCUUCAUCAGUCUGUUUACUAUUGACCUGGUCUUGCUUGCCCAUGUGGUUACUGAAGAGAAGGUGGAGGAGAAAAAUAAGAAGAGUGGGCGACGACGUAGUAUUGGGUUUACGUCACAUGCAGGGUACCUUCUACACACUAAUGCUGGGCCACUCCCUUGCCUUCAUCGCCUUCGUCAUUGAGUAUCUCUAUCAAAUUCACUAA